UCUUCCUCGCCCAGAGAGAAAGAGAAGCCAUUUCUUCCCUUGGUCUCCUCUUCCUCUUCCUCUUCUUCACGCGGAGGAGACGGCGCACGCGAACGCGGACGCGGAGACGACGACCUCAAUGCCCACCACGCGCCAUUAGAGCGCAUCGCUAGAUCACAGCAGAGCAGAGCAGAGAGUGUUGUACAGAGAGGAGCGGCAUCUCAUUCUCCUAUACUACUAGUAGUUCUCCUAGGAGGAGGAGAAGGAGAUUCGGCUCCUCCAACCUCCCGCUCCGGACCAGCAACCGGACGAAUCAAUGGGGAGCUACGCCUACAGGUACUGCAUGUGCUUCACCCGCAAGUUCCGCUCCCCGGACGCGCACCCGCCGCCCGACGUCCGCGCCGCCCACGCCGCCGCCGCUUCCGCCGACGAAGGAGCCGGGCUCCGACGCUUCCUCGCCGACGUGCAGCGGGAGGACCCCUCCGAGGCGGACCGCAUCCUCGCGGCCCUCGCCGGCGGCGGGGGCGGCGGGAUCGCGCGCCUCGUCGGCCGCUCCCCGGCCCUGCCCUCGCUCGACGACUUCUUCGGCUUCCUCUUCUCCCCCGACCUCAACCCGCCCAUCCCCGACAAGGUUCACCAGGACAUGUCAGCCCCGAUUUCUCAUUAUUAUGUGUUCACCGGUCACAAUUCUUACUUGACUGGGAACCAGCUUAAUAGUGACUCCAGUGACAUCCCAAUCAUAAGAGCAUUGCAGAGGGGCGUGAGAGUGAUUGAGCUCGAUAUGUGGCCCAACUCCGCAAAGAACUGUGUUGAGAUUCUCCAUGGAGGGACGCUGACUGCACCUGUAGAAAUCAUCAAAUGUUUAAAGUCCAUUAAAGAACAUGCCUUCUGUGCCUCUACAUAUCCUCUUGUAAUUACUCUAGAAGAUCACCUGACUGCAGAUCUCCAAGCUAAAGUAGCUGAGAUGAUCACCGAAACAUUUGGGGACCUCCUUUAUGUCCCUAGUUCAGACGCACUAAAUGAGUUUCCUUCUCCAGAAGCUCUAAUGAAAAGAAUAAUCAUCUCGACUAAACCGCCACAAGAAUUCAGGGAAUUUCUUAAAGCUCAGGGUAAUCAGAACAACAAUGGCAACACAGCUAAUUUGUCAGACGAAGGAGCCCUGAGAAGAUUAGAUUCAAAUGCUGAUGAUUCUGAUGGAAAGGAUGAUCUGGAUGAGGAAGAUGAUGAAGAAUCUGAGGAAGAGGAUCCCAAAUUUCAGCCAGAUACUGCCUGUGAGUAUAGGAAACUGAUAACCAUACAUGCUGGCAAACCAAAAGGCCAUUUGAGGGAUGCACUUAAGGUGGACCCUGACAAAGUCAGGCGCCUUUCUUUGAGCGAGACACAAUUGACUAAAGCAACAGCUUCUCAUGGUGCUGAUAUCAUAAGGUUCACUCAGAAGAAUAUACUGAGGGUUUAUCCAAAGGGUACAAGGAUUAAUUCUUCUAAUUAUGAUCCAAUAAAUGCCUGGACUCAUGGCGCUCAGAUGGUUGCAUUUAACAUGCAGGGACAUGACAAAUCGCUAAGGUUAAUGCAAGGAUUUUUUAGAGCCAAUGGGGGUUGUGGGUAUGUUAAAAAGCCCGACUUCUUGCUGAAGACAGGUCCGAAUGGCGAAGUAUUUGAUCCCAAAGCAAAUCUGCCUGUGAAGAAAACUCUGAAGGUCAAAGUAUACAUGGGAGACGGGUGGCGCAUGGACUUCAGCAAAACCCAUUUCGACGCCUUUUCUCCGCCCGAUUUCUACGCCAGGGUAGGGAUAGCAGGAGUGAAGGCGGACUGCGUGAUGAAGAAGACGAAGACGAUCGAGGACCAGUGGGUGCCGGUGUGGGACGAAGAGUUCACAUUCCCGCUGACGGUCCCGGAGCUGGCCCUGCUGAGGGUGGAGGUGCAGGAGUACGACAUGUCGGAGAAGCAUGACUUUGGCGGGCAGACGUGCCUGCCGGUGAUGGAGCUGAAGCAAGGCAUCCGCGCCGUGCCCCUCCAUGAUCGCAAGGGCAACCGGUACAAGUCCGUCAGGCUUCUCAUGCGCUUCGACCUCAUCUAGCCUCGCUGCAACCAUCUUUGCAGUGACCGGAGCUUGGUUGUGUCCAUGAGAAAGAACUGAGAAUGAGAUAAAUCCUGAGCAGGAUAACAUUGUGGGUUGUGUGCUUCAGUCUGGCUGGUGUUAUAUGUAGGAGUAGUUGUCAUCUUGUCUGAAUAAUAAUAAGCAGCAGCAGCAAGAGUGCCUGGUUUUGUUCUUCUUGUGCAGUCUGAAUGGGGGUUGUGUUGAACUGUUAUCUGUUGUAAGUACAGUAGUGGUGGUGGAGGAGAAGGGCAAUAUACAUAUAUAUAUAUAUAUAUAUAUAUAUA